AUGGGUCAACAUUCUUCUGCUGCAUCUCAUGAUGACCAAGAUUUAGCCUCUAGCUGUAAUGCAUAUUUUAAGAACUUUAAGAUGGAAAACAAAAUCAUCUCUCAGGAAACCAUUGAUUUGAUGGAAUUACACUUGAAAAAAGGAGACAUUCAGGGGGCAAACUCUGUAAUCAAUGAUGCAUUAAAAGAAAUUGAUAAUGUCCCACUCAGUAUUGCUGUGAUAGGUGAGUGUGGAGUAGGAAAGUCCAGUCUGAUCAAUGCUCUGAGAGGGGUUGGAAAUGGAGACCAAGAUCUGGCUCCCACUGGGGUGGUGGGAACCACCAGGGAGAGAUCUCCAUACAAACACCCCAAAUUUCCCAACGUGACAUUCUGGGACUUGCCUGCCAUUGGUACCAGUAAUUACCAGCAAAAAGAUUAUCUAGAAAAAGUAAAAUUUGGUGAAUAUGACUUCUUUAUUAUUGUUUCUGCUGUAUGCUUCAAGAAAAAUGAUAUAGACCUGGCCCAAAUGAUCCAGAUUAUGAAGAAGAAUUUCUACUUUGUGAGAACCAAGGUGGACUUGGACUUAGAAGCUGAACAGGUGUUUAAAAAAACUGCCUUUGAUAGGGAAAAAGUCCUGCAGCAGAUCCGAAAUGACUAUCUGAAUAUUUUUAAGCAGAAUAAGAUUAAUGAACCACCAAUCUUCUUAAUCUCCAACAGAGAUUUAUCAGAGUAUGAUUUCCCAAUCCUGAUUGACACCCUGAUCAAGGAUCUCCCUAUUCAAAAGCACCAUAUUUUUAUGCUUUCCCUGCCCAAUGUUACUGAGGCAGCCAUUGAAAGUAAGAGGGAUUCUCUGAAGCAAAUGAUCUGGCUAGACGCCCUGAAGGCUGGAGCAUUGGCUCCAUUGCGUAUGGUGGGCAUCACCAGCAACAGAGAUGUGGAGAAGCUAAAGACAAGCUUAAACCAAUAUCGAGUCCUUUUUGGAGUGGAUGAUGCAUCCCUGGAGCGUUUGGCUAAGGAUUUGCAAGUGCCCGUGAAACAACUCAAGGCAACCCUUAAAUCUCCAAGUUUACUGCAAAAUAAGAAGGAAGAAUCAAUAGGGGAAAUGCUUUUGAAAUAUUUAGAGAGAGUCUGUUCAGCUGAUGGUUUCCUUGCUUCAGGUAUUUCCUUUGGAAAAACCUACUACUUGCAACUUCAUUUCCUUAAUACGGUCACUGAGGAUGCCAAAGUUCUCCUUAAAGAGACAUUCAAGAAACGAGUUGAGAGUGGCACCUGUGGCUCAAAGGAGUAA